AUGCGCGAUUUUGCUAGCCAGCAAUUUCGCCUAUUUGAUGGAAUGCAGGGACCGUUAGUUGCUGAAGCUUGGAUUACGGAUAUCGCGCUAUUGCAUGAGACCCUUGGCUGUACUGAUGAGCAAAAGGUUAAUUACACAAUACUAAGGUUAACCGAUGAAGCUGCAAGAUGGUGGAAGUCUAAGAAAGGACUCUUAGGAAUAGAAUUGGGAUGUGGAGUUGCUAUCCCUUGGGAUAGGUUUGUAAAAGAAUUUAAUGGGCGUUUCUUUCCAAGGGCACAAAGGCAGAUACGGGCCAUUGAAUUUCAGAAUCUGGUGCAAGGCACAAUGACAGUAGAGCAAUAUUCCUCGAGGUUUAUUGAACUAUCAAGGUUUGGCCUCAACUUAAUCCCGGAUGAAGAAACAAAGGCGGAACGUUUCAAAAAUGGCCUUAAUCCUCGUAUUAAGGAAAGAGUCAUGUGCCACGAGAUUAGAAACUUUGUUAAAUUAGUCGAUAUAGCAUCAGUUGCUGAAAGGGGAAUGCGUGAAUCAUCCGCCGCUUAUGAAUUGAAGAGGCGAGCAGCAUCGCAGGUGUCAUACCCAUUCAAACGACCUGCACUUAGUACUGGAAGCAGGCCAGCUGAGAAGAGGAAUUUCCCCCCUACAAUAGGGAAUCAGGUGCCUUUAUGCCAGAAGUGCGGGAAGGUGCAUGCUAGGGAAUGCAAGGCUAGUGAACCAAAUUGCUUCAGGUGUGGUCAAUUUGGCCACUUCAAGAGGAAUUGUCCACUAGAUGCCCCAGAAGGAUCCCGACCCCCAGGAAGCAACUUCCCACCAAGGCGACCUGCCCAAGCGAGGGUGUAUACCUUAACUCCGGUUGAGGUAGACGAAGAAGAAGAACGAGGUGUUAACGAUGUUGUGACAGGCAUGGACUGGUUAUCAAAGUAUUAUGCAAGCAUAAGCUGUAGAGAGAAGGUAGUCGUUUUCCAAUUGCCAGGUGUUGAAAGAUUUAAAUUCAACGGAUAUUCUACGCGAGCUACUCCACCGCUACUUUCCGCAAUACAAGCUACAAGGAAUAUACGACAAGGAGCAUCAGCAUUCUUAGCUUAUGUGACGGCAAAACCAGAAGCGGAGAGUACGUUGGAAGAUAUUCCAGUGGCGUGCGAUUACCCAGACGUGUUUGCCGAGGUUGUGACAGGAUUGCCACCUGAUCGUGAGAUUGAGUUUACCAUCGAUUUGAUCCCGGGAACUCAACCCAUUCACAAAGCACCUUAUCGCAUGGCACCCGCCGAGUUGAAAGAGCUAAAGAAACAACUCCAAGAACUUUUGGACAGAGGAUUCAUACGCCCAAGCGUAUCACCGUGGGGAGCACCGGUAUUGUUUGUCAAGAAGAAAGAUGGGACUAUGCGACUAUGCAUAGACUACCGGGAGCUAAACCGCGUUACCAUAAAGAAUAAAUAUCCUUUACCAAGGAUUGACGACUUGUUCGACCAAUUGAAGGAAGCCAAAGUAUUCUCGAAAAUCGACCUUCGAUCGGGAUACCAUCAACUUAAGGUAAAGGAAGAAGAUGUGCAAAAGACGGCGAUUCGAACGAGGUAUGGUCAUUACGAAUUCCGAGUCAUGCCUUUGGGGGUGACUAACGCACCGUCGGUAUUUAUGGAUCUAAUGAAUCGUGUUUUCCAUAUGUACCUCGAUUUGUUCGUAGUUGUGUUUAUUGAUGAUAUUUUAAUUUACUCGACUAAUCAUCAAGAACACGGGGAGCAUCUGAAAACAGUACUAAAUGUUCUAAGGGAAAAGCAGUUAUUUGCCAAACUCAAGAAGUGCGAAUUUUGGAUGGAGAAAGUUUCAUUCUUAGGGCGCGUUAUCUCAAAAGAUGGAAUAGCAGUUGAUCCUAGCAAAAUUGAGGCUGUCGUCAACUGGGAGCGGCCAACCAACGUCCAUGAAAUCCGCAGCUUUCUUGGAUUGGCAGGUUACUACCGAAGAUUUGUAGAAGGUUUUUCUAAUCUUUCCAGCCCUUUGACCGCCCUCACUAAAAAGAAUGCUCAUUUUCAAUGGAAUGAUAAGUGCGAAGCAAGCUUUCAAGAGCUGAAAAAGAGGUUAGUAACUGCACCUGUCCUUGUUCUGCCAAGAGAGUCUGAGAAAUUCAUAGUUUUUAGUGAUGCCUCUCUUAAAGGAAUAGGGUGCGUACUCAUGCAGCAAGAUAAAGUUAUAGCUUACGCCUCCAGACAGUUGAAAGACCACGAGAGAAACUAUCCUACUCAUGACCUUGAAUUAGCUGCUCGUAGGUGGUUAGAAUUGUUAAAAGACUACGAUUGCUAUAUUCUAUACCAUCCAGGGAAAGCAAAUGUAGUUGCAGACGCUUUGAGUAGGAAAUCGCUGGGUGUAUCAACGAACUCAACGCCUACCCCUAAUCAACUCGCCAAGCAAUUGGGAAUGAUUCAGCUGGAUGUGGUGCCAAGCGUGAAGGAUGCCGUCCUAGCAACCUUUUUAUCCGUCCAUCAACUGCUUAUAGUGACGGAGGUCGUAGGUUCAGUCGCCUAUAGAGUUGAAUUACCAUCUAACCUAGCUGGUGUACAUGACGUAUUCCACGUUUCCACGCUACGAAAAUACGUGCACGACCCGUUACACGUGAUAGACUUUGAACCCUUACAAGUUCAAGCAGAUUUGAAAUAUGAAGAGAAGCAGGUUCAAAUCUUGGAUCGGAAAGUGCAACAACUAAGGACAAGGACAAUACCACUAGUAAAAGUCCUAUGGCAGAACCAUGAAGUAGAAGAAGCUUCUUGGGAGUUAGAACAAGAGAUAAGGAGCAAAUACCCGUACCUAUUUCCAUGA